ACCGUUAUUGAAGAAGUCCCUGAUUUUAGAGCAGUCUGGGAAAGAAAUCAACCAAAUGUGUAUGAUAAUAUUCAGAGGUAACCCUUUAUAACCAUUAACAUUUUCACAAGUAGCCUAGUGUUUUCUCAACAACUGUAACACAUUUUGUAAUUAAAUUACGUAAUUCCGUUACAUGUAACUAGUAACUCCCCAACACUGCCCACGCUGUGGCAGAGCAAAUAUAAUUCGUGUCUCUAACAUCCACGAUUCGCUCAGAGGUUAAUCCCAUUGGACAGCGCAGGGAGAGCGAGUCAGGUGAUUUCCGAGGAAGCCAUUCAUUCAGUCAUCCUCCACAGAGAGGGGAGCCCGCCCAACCCGGAUGCACAGAGCGUCUGCGGGGCGGUCAGCUGUGGGGUUCAGCCGGGUUUAGCUCGCACGAUUGGGGGUGUUUCAGCACCAGAAAGGACGGACAGCUCCCGCGGCGUUCAGCCUUUUCUUCCACGCCGCUCCCGAGACCCGCGCCCGCCGCAUCUCGCGCGGAGGACCGCGACGCGGAGGGGCUCGCUGGGGCAGACUGCAUGCCGGAUUCGACGCUUCCGAGGAGGUCAUUUGCGCGCGGAAUCUCGCCGGGUGCAGCAGCUCUACUUCGGGUCUGAGAAACGAUGGCGGAGUGUGGAAGGAGGGGACUGUCGCUCCUCGAGGAAGCGCGGUCUCGCUACGAGAGCCUGCAGAUCUCCGACGACGUGUUCGGGGAGUCGGGAGACGACAGCAGCGAAAACCCCUUUUACAGCACGACGGGGGACUCCAAUUCGGAUAACUACACGGAGACGAACCCGGACGAUGCCAGAGCGGGCGAUGCGAGGAGACAGAGCUGCGGUCCCCCCGGAUCCGUCUCCAACGGCCAGGCGCAAGAGGAGGGCUGGAGCGACUCGCUACAGGACCUCAGCGUGCCUCACUACCAGGACACGCAUGGUCCGACACAGAAAAUGCCAGCCACUACCACGGCCAUGGACUUCUUCCAGCUGUUUGUCCCUGACAACGUCAUUCAGAACAUGGUGACCCAGACCAACAUGUAUGCCAAGAAGUACCAGGAGCGCUUUGGCAGCGAUGAAGGCUGGACCAAUGUGACGCUGGUUGAGAUGAAGGCCUUUCUGGGCUACGUUACUUCUACAGGCGUGAACCGUUGCGAGUCAGUGCUGAGCAUCUGGAGCAGCGGAUUCUUCAGUAAUCGAAGCAUCGCGCUCAAGAUGAGCCAGGCACGGUUCGAGAAGAUCCUCAAGUACUUCCACGUCGUAGCCUUCCGCUCCAGCCAAGGUGGCAGUCAGGGUCUCUAUAAGAUCCAACCGUUCCUGGACUCUCUCCAGCAGAGCUUCGCUUCGUCCUUUAGACCCUCACAGACACAGGUCCUCCACGAGCCCUUGAUUGAUGAGGACCCCGUGUUCAUUACCACAUGUACAGAGAGGGAGCUGCGCAAGAGGAAGAAGAGAAAGUUCAGCCUGUGGGUUCGACAGUGCAGCUCCACUGGUUUCAUCUGUCAGAUCUAUGUCCAUCUAAAGGAGGGUCCGGGUCCAGAUGGUUUGGACACGCUGAAAAAUAAACCCCAGCUUCACAGUCUGGUGGCCAAGCAGCUCUGUCAGAAUCUGGCUGGCCGUAAUGCAAUCAUCUUCACUGGCCCAAGCAUCACAAGUCUAAACUUGUUUCAGGAAUUUGAGAAACAGGGCAUCUACUGCUGCGGGUUGCUGAGCACUAGGAAGAGUGAUUGUACAGGUCUUCCUCAGUCUAUGCUGAUCAAUACGGAGGCUCCACAGCAACGUGGCCAGUCUCACAUUAAGAUGAGAGGCAAUAUGUCCAUAAUCAACUGGUACAACAAAGGCAACUUCAGGUUCCUCACUAACGCCUACUCUCCCACUAAAGAAGGGGUGAUCAUUAAGAGGAAGAGUGGAGAAAUCCCAUGCCCCCUUGCUGUGGAGGCCUUCGCUGCACACCUGAGUUACAUCUGCAAAUAUGACGACAAGUACAGCAAGUACUUCAUUUUCCACAAGCCUAAUAAGACCUGGCAGCAGGUAUUUUGGCUGACCAUCAGCAUCGCUAUCAACAAUGCCUAUAUUCUUUACAAGAUGUCAGACGCCUACCACGUCAAACGCUACAGCCGGGCGCAGUUCGGCGAGAGGCUGGUCAAGGAGCUCCUGGAUAUGGACGACUGCUCACCCACUCAGUGAAGGAAACCGCAUGCUGUCUCUAACCCACCCGUGACAACCCACUCAUACUAACAUACUCAAAUACACUUGCAUUGUGCACUUCGGGGUCAUUUUGAACAAACCAACCCUAUACAUAACGCAAAACGUGCGCCAAGUUUGGCUGAAAAGGGACGUUUCCCAUCUAAACUUACAUUUAAGACCCCAUUUGGCCAUUUGAUACUAGGACUGAUGUACAUAAGUCACUGUAACACUUGCUGCAUGAGAAACACGAAAACGUGCCCUUUGUAGAUGUGCAAUGAUUUUUAUCUAUAGAGUUCCAGUGAUAGUGUUGACGUAGUUUUGAACCCUGAGGUACAUGUUUUGUGAAUUCUGUUUGUGAGCAGCAUAUCCAACAUUCAGCACUGAUAAAUAUACUGUAUAUACUCUGUGAUUGAGGUGUUUUAUCAGCAAAACCAGAAUGUAAUGCAAUUCACACGUUAGAUCACAGAACAUCGUAGAUGUUGUCCCAAAUACCUGGGCUUUUUUCUAUUUUGUAUCACUUAAUAUUUAUGAUCUUUAUGACUUUUUUUAAAAGGCAGCAACAGGAGGUGAAAUGUGGCUAAACUACUAUGCUUUCCCAAUCUUUUUUGCACUCUGAAGUAGCGGUCAGGAUUCGCAAAAGUCCCAAACAUAACAUCAACUCCUUUGUCUGCCUUUCAUUCAUUUCCAUAUCGUUUUGUCGAUUAAAUUAUGAUGAUGAAUAUCCAGUAGGAAGAGGGCCCGAUAUACAGUAGUAUACCAAAAAUAAUGUAAAUAUUAUUUCUAAUUUAUUUCUAUAUUUUUAUUAUGCGUAAUUUAAACUGAUCAUGUAGGGGCAUUGAUGUAUUUGCGAAUUAAUAAAAAAAAAUGAAUGGAAUUAUAAAGGACUAGAAUGUCUAUCCACCUGUAAGCGGGUGGAUUUAUGUGGUCGUUCACUGUUCAAAUCACAGCCCGUGGCAUAAUUCGUCCCUUCAGAGAACCGAAGCAGAUUCAUUUCCCUCAGGUAAUAUAUUCAGUCAGACAUCUCCCAGUGUAUCACUGUGUUACAUUCAUGACCACUGUAAGGGACAGAUGUACUAUUGUGAGUGAAUUUGUCACAGAUGUACCAGACCUGCUUCUUAUUUACUGUGCCAUCACCUGCCGUUUUUCUUUGUACUUUGAGUGAAACGCUGCACACUAACUAACCAAUUAGGAGGUUUACCACUUAAAAAAUUAUUUUAAAGCUUCAUAUUCAGUCUAUACAAAUCUGUAUAAAAAAAAAAGUCUACUUUGUAAUGUCAGCUGCAGUUAUUCACAAUAUAUAUAUAUAUAUAUGCCAUAUUUUAUACCUGCAUCUCUUUUAAAUCAAGACAAAGCAAUGUUGUACCAUAUAGGUGUGCUCAUAAACAUGAUUGUUUUCUUUUUGACAUGAAUGUUGCAAACGUUUGAUUUCGUUUCAUUGUAAUAAUUUUGUACUACUAAUCUUAUCUACAUACAUUAGUCAGUGUACUAACAAAUAGACUUCAGGCGAUAACUGCCACCUGUGCUUAACUAAUAUAAAUGGCAACAGAUGAUUUAGAGAUUGUAUAUCCGUGUUUUUCAGAGCAUCCUUUGGGUUCAAUCUGCACUUCAGUGGGAAUUAUUUCUUUCAAUCAGGCAGACGUGAACUGUAAUGGCGUCAGAGAGGUGUUUGACCUUAUCUAGGAUGACCUCAGGGUUUUGUAACUACAACAUCUACUGUAGUGCAAUAUAACGUAGGAGAUCGGACCGGGUGCUACGAACAUCUCUGCCAAGAACAUAAUCUGUAAGCCAGAAAAUGGUCGGUAUGACCGAGACUUUUAAUUAAAGCUCUUGCUGGUGCGGAACAUUAGGAUAAAACCCUUACAAUAAGCAAAGUUUCUGCUUUUGCACUGGCCGCUAACAUUGUAGGAUACACUUCAGGGCCAGCUUCGUGUGGCAUGAUAGCAGGUAAAAAACAAAACAAAAAAAAAAAACUGUCCUUUUAAUAUCAACACAGCUAUGACAACUAUAUAAUCUCAUUUACUGGACCAAAUUCCUCAAUAUCUGGUCAAUUUAACAAGAACCCAGUGUUGGACAUGUAUCUAUUUUCAUGUAUGAAUGUUGUGAAUGUGCAGUGUCUUGCUGUAAUAAUGCUUGGUGUUCCUUCGACUUGUCUUCUCACUGUGAAUGUUGAAAUGAUUCAGAUGUAUGUGUGAGUAACUGUGUUAUGUGUAACCUUCACCCUCACUGUAUGUCCAGUUCUUAAACUGACCUGUGCUUCACCUCCCUGCCUCUCUGUGAGUUUACACCAAUUUGCACACUAAUAAAUGUUGUUUAUACAUA